AUGGCAGAAUCCACCAUAGACAGUGGUCUUCAGCGUCCAGAACUCGCACUGCAUCUCGCCAUCCACCAGAAGGACACCGUCAAGCUACAGGCCCUUGUUCAGCACUGUGACUGUGAAGCACAGAGCUACCCCUAUGGGACCGCGCUGUACUUUGCUAUUACCAACGACCAGCCUGAUGCAAUGCGGAUACUUCUCGACGCAGGGGCAGACUCUGAGAAGCCCACACCCGAUGGCGCCGGCUAUGAAUGUGAUAACUCGUUGGAGCUGGCUGCGAUGAGUGGGAAGCGCGCCAUCGUCAAGAUGCUAUGGGAUCACGGGGUGGCGCAUAAUUUUCCAAGCGUACGCAAGCCGCCGCUCGAUCAUCUUUCAAGCAGGCGCAAGGCGGCGAGGCUUCGUCUGUCUGCGCUUGGCCGGGCUGCACUUGAGGGCUUCGACGGGAUUGUGAGCGACCUUUGUGCCUGGCGGGCCAUGGAUGCGGAUGAGAUAGACGUUGCGCUGUAUUUGGGUGCUGUGCAGUGUGAGGACGAUGUUAUCCAGGCAUUGCUCCUGGGUGGAACGGCGACACAGAAUGGUCUUGACGAAGCGCUGUUGAAGGUAGCAGCGGCCCGUAGGCCCAUGCUAUCAAAUUGGAGCAAUAGACGGGACAAAAGGAACCCGCAAAAGCAGCUAAGGGCUAUUGAGCUGCUACUCGACGCUGGCGCGAGUAUAGGUGCUCAAGAGCGUGGCAUAGGUAACACUGCUUUGCAUAUGUGUGCUUGUUUCCCUGAUACCGCUGGGGCAGUACGGACUCUACUCGAGCGAGGUGCGGAUGUGCAUUUCAGAAACAAGAGGGGCGAAACAGCGAUCGCAGGCGCCACGGUAAAACCACUUGGUCCGUUUUUCCAGCCACCUCAGGAGAUCUAUAACACGGACACUAUUAAGAUGCUACUACAGCACGGAGCCUCGGUCUUUGUUACGGACGACUUGGGCCAGACACCAAUGCAUUACUAG